AAUCCCCUCCCCUCUCCCCCGUCGCAGUCUUCCCCCUACCCCGCCGCCUCAUUGAUUUCCCCUCCACCGCCCGCCCCCGCCGCCGUCGCGUAACCCAACAACGCCGGGGCAAGAGAAGGAGCAGCUAUCCAAGCUUACAAGGGCUCGGAGAGCGAUGUCGUCGUCGGCGGCAGCGCCGAUCGGCCUGUCGUGGGCGCCCCAGCUGCCUUCCCUGGCGGCGGCCGGCGGCAGCAGCAAGAAGGGCUCGGCGCCGACCCCGAGCAUUGACGCGCAGGAGUCCCUCUGGAAGCCCAGCAACGAGCUCGUGGACGGGCUCUACGUGCCCCCGAGGGACCCCAGGAAGGUCAACAAGAUGGCAAGGAAGAACGUCAAGGACACCACCGGCAAGGGCUGGUUUGACAUGCCGGCGCCGAGCAUCACUCCCGAGUUGAAGAAAGACCUUGAGAUUUUGCAGCUGAGGCAUGUAAUGGACCCUAAAAGGCAUUUCAAGAGGUCUGGUAAAUCCAAGGCUCUUCCGAAGUAUUUCCAAGUUGGAACGGUUAUUGAGCCUGCAUCUGAGUUCUACUCAAGUAGGUUGACAAAGCAUGAACGGAAGCAGACCUUGGUUGAUGAGCUGUUAUCUGACCAAAAACUCAAGAACUACAGGAUGCGUAAGGUAAGGGAAAUUCAGGUGGCCCGGACACCCGGAGGCAACCAGAAGUGGAAGAACAAGGGCAAGCAAACGUUCAAAAGGGCCAAGGACAGGCGGAAAUAGGAUCAAUGUAAAACAAGGAAGAACAGAAAAACGGAGCCAAAGAGAAAUGGGCGAGCACGGCUAUAGGUUGUGCACUCCAGUGUGAUGUGGUGAAUUCAUGUAACUGAACGUAUUGAACUUUUCUCCCCGCACUUAGAGAGAUGAGAUCAGUGUUUGAGGGGAUGAUGGUCAAAGCAUUGUAGUAUCUGAACUUGAGUUUGGCAGGAUGCUUUUGCGCAAAAAGAAAAACUGAUCUUGUGAAUGUUCAUCUACUGAUCUGCAACAAAAGAGCAGGGGAAGUGUUUAACAUUUGCACA